AUGCAACUUACAAUAAAAAAUCUUCAUAAUGAACAAUUUACAGUUGAGUGUAAUGACGAAGAAUCAGUUAAAGUACUCAAAGAUACAAUAGCUGCUAGAGAUGACCUAAGAGAAAAAUAUGAUCCUGAACUGUUGAAAUUACUUUAUAAAGGAAAAGUUAUGGAUGAUGAAGAUUCAGUUGCAUCGUAUACUAUAAGUUCAGAAGAUUUUCUGGUUCUCGUUAAGCAAACACCUGGAAAACCCAAACCACCCCCAAAAAAGAAGCCCAAUCAAGGAUAUAAUCAUGCUGCUAGUGAAUUUAAUUCCCCGUUUGGCAUGGGACACAUGUCGAAUUCAUUUAUGCAACUUCCAUUUAGUCAAGACCCAUUCAAGCAGGAAUCAUUUCAACCAAAUUCAUUUAUACAACAACUAUCUCCAAGUCAGCUUCAAAGGAACCCACGUAUUGGUGAAUCUCUAAAGCAGCCUGAAUUUCCAGCAAUUAAUCCAACUACUAAUGUGGCAUUUCCAGUACCACCACAACCAAAUUCACCACCUGAAGGUUAUGAGAAAGAUUUACAACAUUUAGUGGACUCUGGUUUUGAUCGUUUAAAAGCUGAAAAAGCAUUACGCGCAAGCUCUUAUAAUUUAAAUUUUGCUCUAGAUUUUCUAAUAUCGGGUAAUGUUCCUGAAAUCGAUGAUAUGCCUCUUGUUGCACAAGUACCUAUACAACCACAACCUACAGACAUCCCAAUUGAUAAACCGAAGCUACCAAACCCAAAUCCUAAUGAAACUCAAAAUGUUGGAGGUAUGCCUAUGAAUCUAAAAGAAAUGAAUCAAAUGCUUCAACAAAGUCCGGAACAACUUCAAAUAAUAAAAGCUGCACUAGAAACAGCACAGCCUGACAUAGCUAGACUGAUUAAAACAAAUCCACAAACUUUUCUUGAUUUAGUGAAACAAGCAACAGAUAACGCUAAUAGUCCAUUGUCAGCUGAUGACGCUCCUAAUACUGGUCCAAAUCAAAAUCGAAGCACAAUAACAGUUGAACUAUCGCUUGAAGAACAACAAAUAAUAAACCAAAUGCAAGAGAUGGGCUUUGAUCGAAAUCGUGCUAUUGAAGCAUUUCUACUUUGCGAACGCAAUGUAGACUACGCAAUUAAUUAUCUUUUUAAUACUCAGGACUGA